UGCAAGCCUCAGUGUUCCUUCAUAAACAUAAACUUUGCUCUCAAUUUCACCACUCACUAUUUUUUUGUUGUGUUGUGUCACAUUGUUGUCCCAUUCAUCAGUCACCACCGCCAACAUGGAAGCCAGCGCUGGACUGGUCGCUGGUUCUCACAAUAGGAACGAACUCGUUGUCAUUCAUGGCCAUGAAGAGCACAAGCCUUUGAAGAACUUGGAUGGGCAAGUGUGUGAGAUAUGCGGCGAUGAUGUGGGAGUGACGGUGGAUGGAGAUUUGUUUGUGGCAUGCAAUGAGUGUGGUUUUCCGGCAUGCCGACCGUGCUAUGAGUAUGAAAGAAGAGAAGGGAGACAAGUUUGUCCACAGUGCAAGACCAGAUACAAGCGUCUUAAAGGGAGCCCGCGGGUUGAGGGAGAUGAUGAUGAGGAAGACGUGGAUGAUAUCGAGCACGAAUUCAACAUCGAUGACCAAAUGAACAAGCAUAAUCACUCUGCCGAGGCCAUGCUGCAUGGGAAGAUGAGCUACGGAAGAGGUCCAGAAGAUGAGGAGAAUUCUCAAUUCCCAGCUGUUAUUGCCGGUGGCCGUUCUCGCCCUGUUAGUGGAGAGUUGCCAAUAUCAUCUCAUUAUGGGGAGCACCCUUCACUGCAUAAUCGUGUGCAUCCUUAUCCGGCAUCUGAUCCUACAGGAAAUGGAAGAUGGGAUGAAACCAAAGAUGAUAGAAUGGAUGACUGGAAGUUGCAACAAGGAAAUUUGGGACCUGAACCUGAUGAAGAUCCAGAUGCAGCCAUGUUGGAUGAAGCAAGGCAACCACUGUCAAGGAAGGUACCAAUAGCAUCCAGCAAAGUGAAUCCAUAUAGAAUGGUGAUUGUCGCACGGCUUGUUAUCCUUGCCUUCUUCCUCCGAUAUAGACUGAUGAAUCCUGUACAUGAUGCAUUGGGGCUGUGGUUAACAUCUAUUAUAUGUGAAAUCUGGUUUGCUUUUUCAUGGAUCCUUGAUCAGUUUCCCAAAUGGUUUCCCAUUGAUCGAGAGACCUACCUUGAUCGUCUUUCAGUAAGGUAUGAGCGUGAAGGUGAACCAAACAUGCUUGCUCCUGUAGAUGUCUUUGUCAGUACUGUGGAUCCCAUGAAGGAACCUCCACUGGUUACAGCAAACACUGUUCUCUCAAUCUUGGCCAUGGAUUACCCGGUUGAGAAGAUAUCAUGUUACAUUUCUGAUGAUGGAGCUUCAAUGUGUACUUUUGAGGCCCUGUCAGAAACUGCAGAGUUUGCUAGGAAGUGGGUACCAUUCUGCAAGAAAUUUUCUAUCGAACCUCGAGCACCAGAGAUGUACUUCUGUGAGAAAAUUGAUUACCUCAAGGACAAGGUGCAGCCCACCUUUGUUAAGGAGCGUCGAGCUAUGAAGAGAGAAUAUGAAGAGUUUAAGGUUAGGAUCAAUGCACUUGUGGCAAAAGCUCAAAAGGUUCCACAGGGAGGAUGGAUUAUGCAGGAUGGAACACCAUGGCCAGGAAACAAUACCAAGGAUCAUCCUGGUAUGAUUCAAGUCUUUCUUGGUCACAGUGGAGGUCAUGACACUGAAGGAAAUGAGCUUCCUCGUCUUGUUUAUGUUUCCAGAGAGAAAAGGCCAGGAUUCCAACACCACAAGAAAGCUGGGGCUAUGAAUGCUUUGAUUCGGGUCUCUGCUGUGCUAACGAAUGCUCCUUUCAUGCUGAAUUUGGAUUGUGAUCAUUAUGUCAAUAACAGCAAAGCUGCUAGAGAGGCCAUGUGUUUCUUAAUGGACCCCCAAACUGGGAAGAAGGUCUGCUAUGUCCAGUUUCCUCAAAGAUUUGAUGGCAUUGAUAGGCACGAUCGUUAUGCCAAUAGGAACACAGUUUUCUUUGAUAUAAAUAUGAAGGGUCUAGAUGGUAUUCAGGGUCCUGCAUAUGUUGGCACUGGGUGUGUAUUUAGGAGACAAGCUUUAUAUGGUUAUAAUCCUCCUAAGGGUGCCAAACGUCCAAAAAUGAUAAGCUGUGACUGCUGCCCAUGUUUUGGAAAGCGCAAGAAGGUUAAGUAUGAAGGGAAUGGUGUAGAUGGAGGCGAGGCUGCAACCCUAAGAGGACCAGAUGAUGAUAAACAGAUGUUGAUGUCCCAGAUGAAUUUUGAGAAGAAAUUUGGCCAGUCAUCUAUCUUUGUGACUUCAACCUUGAUGGAAGAGGGUGGUGUGCCUCCUUCCUCAAGUCCAGCAAGCCAGCUUAAAGAAGCCAUUCACGUGAUCAGCUGCGGAUACGAAGAUAAAACUGAAUGGGGAAUUGAGCUGGGUUGGAUUUAUGGGUCUAUUACAGAGGAUAUUCUAACAGGUUUUAAGAUGCAUUGCCGUGGUUGGAGGUCCAUUUAUUGCAUGCCUAAGCGACCUGCAUUCAAGGGUACUGCUCCUAUCAACUUGUCUGAUAGGCUUAACCAGGUGCUUCGUUGGGCACUUGGCUCCAUUGAAAUCUUCUUCAGUCGCCAUUGUCCUUUAUGGUAUGGCUAUAAGGAAGGGAAGUUGAAGUGGCUUGAGCGAUUUGCAUAUGCAAACACAACUGUCUACCCCUUCACCUCCAUACCUCUAGUCGCCUACUGUGUCCUUCCUGCUGUCUGUUUGCUCACUGAUAAAUUCAUCAUGCCACCGAUAAGCACUUUUGCCGGUUUGUACUUCGUUGCUCUAUUCUCUUCAAUCAUUGCAACUGGCCUUCUUGAGUUGAAAUGGAGUGGAGUGAGCAUUGAGGAAUGGUGGAGAAAUGAGCAAUUCUGGGUCAUUGGUGGUGUGUCAGCUCACCUCUUUGCUGUCAUACAAGGUCUUCUGAAGGUUUUGGCCGGAAUUGACACCAACUUCACUGUUACAUCAAAGGCAGCGGAUGAUGAAGAAUUUGGAGAAUUAUACACCUUUAAGUGGACUACUCUCCUGAUUCCUCCAACCACUAUCCUAAUAAUCAAUAUUGUUGGCGUUGUUGCUGGAAUCUCAGAUGCCAUAAACAAUGGGUACCAAUCCUGGGGACCUCUAUUUGGAAAACUGUUCUUCUCAUUUUGGGUGAUUGUCCAUCUGUAUCCAUUCCUUAAAGGUUUGAUGGGUCGCCAAAACCGCACACCCACCAUAGUUGUUAUAUGGUCGAUACUAUUGGCUUCCAUUUUCUCCUUGCUUUGGGUAAGAAUUGACCCAUUCGUAUUAAAAACUAAGGGACCUGAUACCAAGCUAUGUGGAAUCAACUGUUAAAAGACUGGUUUUCCUACACUAUCCUUUAGAGGGCAUCUUUUGAAGAUGAAUGUAAAUUCUUUGUUGUGCUGUAUGAUGCGUGAACCUACAAACUUUACAUGUACAAGGACUAAAAAAAAAGAGUGAAAAUUGGCUAGUGCAAAUGCAGUUUUCUCAUCAGUGUAAUCUAUUGGAUGUUUGUUAGCAAUUGUUUUGGCUCCAUUUGCCCGAGGAUUGGAAAG